AACCAGCAUCAACGGCGGCGAAGAUGGCGACAAAGCAGCCUUUGAAGACGACUUUUGACGUCGAACACGUCAUCCGUCCGGUCUUUACCGGCGGAUCGGUAGCAAUUGAUAACAAUGCUCAAAUUCUGGCGACAACCCUUGGGUACGAUGCCGUUUUAACCAACCCCACCACUGGCAAGCACCUUGCUCAAAUUGAAGGCGAUGGCGAAUCCAUUUCCACACUAUCACUAACACCUUCUGGCUCCCAUCUUAUCAUCUGCUCUCGAUCUCUUUCCAUGCGCAUCUUCGAGCUUCGACAUUCUUUGGAAGGUGAUUCGAUUGAAUACACCCUCCUACGCACAGUCAAACCGCACGGCACACCGGUGCUCGUGCUAGCUGUCGACCGAACGAGCACACUUGUUGCUACCGGUGGAACCGAUGGUACAAUCAAAGUCUGGGACAUUGUGGCUGGCUAUGUUACGCAUACAUUCCGUGGCCCAUCAGUCCUUGUUUCUGCACUUCAUUUCUUCGAAGUGACUGGCAGUUCAUCUGACAAGAAAUCAAAGAGCAAAGGAAAGGGUAGCAAAAAUGCAGACAAUGAUGAGGAUGAGGAUAUGGAGGCUGAAGCCAAGGCAAGUUUCCGACUCGUUUCGGGCAGUCAAGACGGAAAAGUCAAAGUUUGGGAUCUGAACAAGCGGGCAUGCAUUGCCAACUUGGACUCCCAUGUAUCAGAUGUCCGUGGCCUUGAUUACUCUCCUGAGCAGCGCGCCAUUGUCUCUGUUAGCAGAGACAAGACUCUAAUCUGGUGGGAUGCCAAAUCUUGGAAGAUUCGCAAAAUUGUGCCUUGUCUAGAGCAGCUCGAGGCCGUUGGCUUCCUGGACAACGGUGAUCUCACUUACUCUGCCGGCUCCACUGGUCGUCUGCGCAUCUGGGAUACGGACACGGGACGAGAAGUCACACAAAGCGUGGCUGUAAAGGGCGAAGAAGAAGCAUUUGUCUCUGGUAUUUACAUGCCGGGGUUGCCAUUCAUUCUUGCAGUUCAAGUUGACCAUACCAUAUCCUUGUUCAAGGUCCCUUCAAAGGCCGGCUCCACCACCAUCUCCGAGUUUGAACCUUUCCGUCGAAUCUCUGGAACACACGAUGAUAUUAUUGAUUUAGGCUUUAUGAUGCCGGAUCAGUCUUUACUUGCCCUUGCAACCAACUCAGAGGAUAUCCGAUUGGUCUCUGUUGAGCAGUCAUCGGAUAACACUGCAGAUGUAUGGAACCAGGACAACGGACAAUACUUUGGUCAGGAUGUCGCUCUCCUCAAAGGCCACGACGAUAUUAUCAUCUCUCUGGAUAUUGAUUGGUCUGGGUACUGGAUCGCAACUGGUGCCAAGGAUAACAUGGCCAAGCUGUGGCGUGUUGACCGCAAGACAAACACAUAUGAAUGCUGGGCAACCUUCUCGGGUCACGCUGAAUCUCUUGGCGCUGUUGCUCUACCUAAAGCAAUUCCUGCUGAAGACACACCCGCUUACAAGGAUCCGUUUAACAACCCGCCACCCUUUCUCAUCACGGGCUCACAAGAUCAAACCGUCAAGAAGUGGGAUAUCCCGCGCGAGUCUAGCGCAUCGGGCAAGAAAUCUGCUACCAAAGCGGUUUUCACGCGCAAAGCCCAUGACAAAGAUAUCAACGCCAUUGAUAUCCAGCCAAGCGGUAAGCUCUUUGCUUCAGCAUCACAAGAUAAGUUGGUAAAGAUCUUCUCCGUUGCUGAGGGUGAAGUUCAAGGUAUCCUGCGUGGCCACAAGCGUGGUGUUUGGUCUGUGCAAUUCUCCCCUGCCGACAUUCCUGCUUUGAAGGGUGACGAUGGCCCUGUUACUGGCAAAGGAGUGAUCUUGACUGGCAGUGGUGACAAGAGCAUCAAACUUUGGAGCCUGUCGGACUACACCUGCAUCCGUACAUUCGAGGGCCACUCCAACAGCGUCCUCAAGGUGAUUUGGCUGAAUAUGCCAGAGAAGUCGGAGCAGUCCAAGAAACCCGUUCUCUUUGCCACCGCUGCCGGCGAUGGUCUUGUUAAAGUCUGGGAUGCCAACUCGGGCGAAGUUGAAUCUACGCUUGAUAACCACGAAGACCGUGUUUGGGCCUUGGCAGUCAACCGCAAAACAAACAUGAUUGUCUCGGGUAGUGGUGAUUCGACUGUGUCAUUCUGGAAGGACACCACAGUCCAGACCCAAGCUGCAGCAUCCAAGGUUGCUCUGGAGCUCAUUGAAAAAGAGCAAGAGCUCCAAAAUCACAUUCACGCUGGAUCUUAUCGUGAAGCGAUUACUCUUGCUCUGCAACUUAACCACCCUGGCCGCCUCCUUGCUCUAUUUACGUCUGUGGUGACGGGUGAGAAACAGGAAGAGGGAAGUUUAUCCGGUCUUCGCGCCGUAGAUGAGGUAUUGGGCAAUCUCUCUGACGACCAGAUCUUCCUACUUCUCCUCCGCCUUCGCGACUGGAACACAAACGCCCGUACAGCUCCCGUUGCGCAGCGUAUUCUAGGAACUCUUGUCCGCAGUUACCCAGCUUCCAAGUUUUCAAACCUCUCGGUCAAGGGAGCACGUGGACAACAGAGCUUAAAGGACGUUUUGCUCGCCAUCAAGGCUUAUACCGAACGCCACUACCGCCGUAUGGAAGAAUUGGUCGACGAAUCGUUCUUGGUAGAGUAUACUUUGCAGGAGAUGGAUAGUUUUGCGCCUUCGGUGUCGAACGACGACAAUCUACUCACUGAAAAUGGUGCUGAUGUUAUCAUGGCCGAGUAAAACUGGCUUGCGUGUGUAUAUAGGGCGACGGAGUUGGAGCAUAUAGUGUAUUUACAGUCUUUUAGCGGCGCAUGAAACAGGAUGCCUUAGAAAAAGCAAUACCAUUUUUAUUAUUG